AUGAUUCCACCGCACUACAACAACUCUCCGCAACAACAACAACUACCACCACAACAGAAACAGGAUCCCUCUAUGGCGAACCACAUGGUUCAUCCACAGAGACCACCCAACGGUUCCUUUGCGUAUCUUCGAACAAAUUCUCAGCAACAACAACAACAGCAACAACAACCACCUUUGGGUCUCUCUCAACCAUCGUUGCAACGACCUCCUCCAACACUACCACAGCAUCCAACCUUUGCUAGUGUUGUUGGUCAUCCAAUGCCAAAUACCAAUCAUGUUGGUAAUCAAAUGUUGGUUGAUCCUUCUGUAAAUCAAGGCCCUCCUCCAACGGUUCCAAACAAUGGUUAUGGAAUGAUGAGACCUCAACCUUCUCAACCUCCACAACCAUCACAACAACAACAACAACCACUGUUGUUGCAACCUGUUUCACAAUUCCAUGCUGAACAUGUUGGACAAAACGGUCAUGGAAGAGGAUUAGGUUCGAAUCCAUUGAAUCAAGGACCUCCACAACAACGACCAUUGAAUGGAUCGUUAGAUGUUCCUUCUGUAUUGAAUAUCAAUCAGCCUCAACCCCAGACGUUCACGAUCAAGAUUGCAAAUGUUGCAAUUCGAACUCCUGUCGAGCAAGUGUUGAUGCAAAUGAAACAGAUGAUUCCAGCUCUGAGUGGACAUAUUGUGAACGAGCACAAGAUUAAGAAAUUGGGAACUGAGAACUCUACUGAACAAGUCUACUACUUUUACAUCAAUGUGAAUGAUCGAUGGAUUGCUCAACGAGUGGCCCAACAAUGCAGCAAGAACUUUAUCGUUGACAAUCAAUUGUUGAUUGUGACUUUGAAAGAGGGCAAUCCUUCCACUCCACAAGAAUCCAACAAGUUCAAUUCUCCAAAAAACAAAAACAACAUUCCCAAGUAUGUUGUUUUGGAAAUUUCCAACAUUCCUGAGGAGAUCUCAGUCACCCAGUUAGUGAACCUUUUGAAAGAAAAAGUUCCUUCCUUGAACUAUUCGAUUCAUAACGAACAACACAAUACGAUCCAGCAGAGUAUCGACGGUACGGUUAAGGUAGAUUUAAAAAUUAAGGCAGAGAAGGUGGCUCAGGAAGUCAUUACCAAGUGUCAUCAAAUGCCCGUGGGAGACAGAAAAAUCAUUAUUGUUGACAAGGAUUGUUUCUCCUCUAGUUCUUCAAAGAAGGAAAAUCCAAUGAAUUAUCAAGAUACACCUAAUGUUACAUUGCCACGUACAAUGUUCGAAUAUUUGAAGAAAUUCUCCUUGUUGCAAGACACCACUCAUUAUACUUACACCACUACAGGAGACAUUGUGAUCAUUACACUCCGUAGUAAUUUAUUGAAUUCAGGACAGAUUCGGAAAGAGCAAGACAAGCUUGUUGAAUUUUCCAUUUCGUCUAACAUACAAGCAUCGAAUCUAAAGACUUGCAAGAAAGCGUUAAAAGAUGAAGAAUUCAAGAAGAAAUUACCUCCUCAUCAUCUUGUUGUUUUCUCUCAUCCGUUAUCCUCACCUUCAAAUGAGAUCAUGACAAAAAUCAAAGCCACUUGUAAGAUCGUUUGCCGAAAGGAAAAUCGCCAAGAGGUCGAAAAGGCAGUCAAAGAAGUCAUGAAAGGAACCAGCUACACGAUCAACAUUCCAACACCUCAAGUUCAAGUGUUAUUUGUCAUGAAUGACAAGCUCUUGAAAUCUCUUCAACAGCAUUUCCAUCCAGUCUCUAUCCAGUAUUCUCAUGAGAAAAAACACUUGGAGCUCAAAGGAAAUGAUGCCGAAAAGGUGAAGGAAGCUUUGAAUCAAUUGUUUUAUUGGUUUCAAGAUUUUAUGAAAGAUCCAUCUCAAAUUCCUCCACUUCCCACAACCGAUGAUACAAAACAAACAAAAGCAAAAGCUGCCAAAGCUUCUUCUUCCUCCAUGGAAGUUUUACCUCAUUUCAAUGCUCUUUACAAAUUUGGUAAAAAUCCCAUUCACUAUGAAUUUCUUCCAGUCACAAUAUAUGAAUACAAUCAUUGGAAGGAAACCAAUCAAGCACAACAACUUCAAGCUGAAGCAGACAAGUAUUAUACUGCCAUUGAUUUUGUGAACAAGGAUACCGUUUUCGAUAUUGUUCAAGUUGAAAACUGUUUCAUUUAUGUGAAUAAUGUUAACAUUUUAGAUAAGAAUUUGCAUGUAGAAGCUUUGGUGAAUUGUGCUAAUCCGUUCCAAGAGGGAUCUCCAUUUUCCAACGAGUUUAAGAAUUCUGCUGGUUCCUAUGUGGAACAUGAAUUCAACCAAAAGAAGGGAAGCACAGAUCCAAUGGUUGGUUCUUUAAUUGAGACAUCUGCAGGAAAUCUGUCAAACGUCAAGACUAUCUAUAAUGUCAUCAUGCUCCUUACUAUUGAAGAGCAGGAUGUUGUUCAAGCAGUCUACAAUAUUUUACAAACUGCUGAACAAAACCAAAUCAAAUCUCUUGCAAUUCCUCCUUUCGUCCAAGAAGGUCCACAACUAAAUAUGGUAAUCACUACCAUGGUCAAAACUAUUGCCAACUAUUUCAGUGAGCAUCCAAACAGCUCCAUUCGCGAAAUUCACCUUUUCAAAAAAGAGCCAGUUGAAAAGAAGGUACUUAAAACAAUGACGAGUGCCUUAUCUUCCCUCAAACACUCUAUACUUGUUUACAACAAUCACACUCCAAAUCAGGCACACGAAAACGAAGAGAUGGAUGUUACAGAAUACACUGGAACUUUCCGUUUCUAUAAUUCCACUCUCCAGCGUUUUGUGAAAUUUACUGAACAAGAAAAUAAUCAAUUAUGUGAGCUCUACAUUCAAAAUCCUAAUGCAUCUUUUAAUUUCAAAGAUGGUCAAGGAGUUGAGUAUCACAUUAAUUUUAAAGAAAUGACACAAUCGAACAUUAGAACAGGUGUCACUAAUGACAUUCAACUCGUUCCAAAGAAAGCUUGUGAAGGAUACAUUGACUCGGUUUACUUUUAUUCGGACGACGCUCAACAAAGUGUGGCUUUCAAACCUGCUCAAAAUAUUCUCAUUGAAAACGGUUACAAAGCCAAACAGAACACUAUUUCAAUCAAGGACGCAACCAUUGUUUUCAAUAAUGUUACCAACACGAUUGAAAGAGUUGACACAUCGAAUAAUCAUAGAACCAGUGUUGUCAGAUAUCCAGUUCUCAAAAUUCUUGAAUGUCAACGGGAGAUUCCAUCCUAUUGCAAAAAAGGAGAAACUUUAUAUGUCGUAUGGUCUGAUAAUGAAAAUCUUUGGUGUGUCAGGGACGAUGGUUCGAGUUGUCAAAUUCCAAAAUUGAACGCAGCUCCUUUCAAACUGACCACAAACACCAAAAAGAAGAUCAUUGGUCAACGAUCGAAAAUGCACAUGAUCAAACUCAUUUCUCCAAAAGAUUUUACUCAAAGAUUUACCAUUGUCAAUUACAAACAGUUUAUUGAUCAAUUGAAGAUUUCCAAGACAGUGACAGUGUCAAAAUCAGCACUUGACAGUUUCUUGGAAAACAACAAGGGAUUUAAGGCGUUGAAAUCGGACUUGCUGAAUAUCAUUCAGAGACAACCUUCUCAAAUGGAUGGAAGUGUUGAGAUUGUUGGUUUUUCUCCAAUUGUCAAAUUAUUCUGUCAACACCUUGCACCAUCAAAUCCACCAAAAAAUCAACCAAAAAAGAAUAACAAGAAGAAGCCACAACCAUCUCAACCUCAGUCACAACCACUGCUUCUACCACAAUCUCAACCAUCUCAACAUCAACAACAGCCACAAAUUCAACCGAAACGUCAACCUCAACGUCAACCACAAAUGCAACCGCAAUCUCAAUCACAACCAUCUCAACCUCAGUCACAGCCACUACUUCUACCACUAUCUCAACCAUCUCAACAUCAACAACAGCCACAAAUUCAACCUAAACGUCAACCACAUAUGCAACCUCAACCACAAAUUCAACCUCAACGUCAACAGCAAAUUCAACCACAAAUUCUGCCACAAAUACAACCACAACGUCAAUAUCCUUCUUCACAAAUGGUUCAGCAAGUACCAAUGUAUCCAAUGUCACAAAACCAACCACCUCAACCAUUUACAUCUCCUCAAGGUUACCACUCAAGCAAUGCUGGUGGAAAUCCAGUCGUAGGAAUGACCACACUUAAUAACUUUAGUCAAAGAAAAUAA